ACAAACCUUUGCCGCGCCAUCGUCCUCGCUGCUUCCUUGUUGACCCAGAACUAUCCGGCAUCCUCCUCCCAUCCCUGUUUCUGAACUUUCUGGACCUCCUCCUGCCUCCUAUCCUUCCUCUCAACCCUCAGCGUCAAAAGAAGCAACAUAGCACAGUCGGUCGUUCACAACCACAAGAAGCUGUUGGUGAAGACUCCAUAUUUUUGAUUGCUCACACAGUUUUCCCUGGUCCAAUAACACCUGCAUAAUCGCAUCUUGGAUCCCUGGUUUUAAGAUGUACUUCAGUGACGACGUUUCUUCAGCCCUCUCUGUCGCAAACCAGAACUGGAAGAAUGAGGACGCGCUCCUCGACCUCCAAUCAAUUUUCUUCCACUCCAAUUCAACCAACAGCGCAAAGUCCAACGUGAAAGGCUCUUGGACUACCUCGGCACAAGGUUUCGGUGAUACCUACUCUCAAGCUGGGUUGGGAGUGGCCAAUGUGCCCGCGAACAAGUUGGUGCUGGAAGAAGCCAGCUCGGUUUCUUCGUACGUGAUCGACCACGAGUGUUGCUGGAAUAUGCUGGAUCGUCUUCAUGGUGCCAUAUGCCCAGAGAACAGCACAUCCCCUCAGGACAAGGCGAAGACGUGGGAGAUGUUGGACAGUCUUCAUGCUACGCUCUACCCUAAUGACUCUAGAUAACUUUUUAACUAAUUUGGUUCAAGUUUAGUUUUGGUUGUGUCUGUCCCAGUCCGAUCUGUUCUCGUGCUCCUUCUUGAAGCAUGGACACUACAUUUUUCAGAGUGUGCAUUUGAAUCUAAUAAAGUUGACUCGACCCU